CCCGAAAUCUACCUUACCGAUAUAAAUUUUGACAGAUGACGUUGGCCCAAUGACGUUUCUCUCUUUUCUGUGUUGCAACGCCAUUGGCCAUUUAUUCAUCGAAAAAUUCUUAACUCUGGAUGGAAUCAAAAAUGCGUUUGGCAAUAUUUGUGUUAAUUUUCUGUACGUUCCAUUAUGGUUCUGGCGUCGAUCCAAAAAACUUCAAAACAUGCGACGAGAGCAGUUUUUGUAGACGUUGUCGUAAAGUCCAGCCUGGAAGCUCAAAGUUCGCUCUCCUUCCUGGAACACUGAACACAUACUCUGACUCGAUAACAGUCGAUCUAAUCAACAAAGAGAACAACCAUCCGUUCAUUCUUAAGUUGGAAGCUCUUGAGGGCGACACUUUCCAUGUCCUCAUCGAUGAGAAGAACCCUCUACAACCUCGUUACAAAGUAACUGAUGCUCUUAAAGGAAUCCCAAAAAGUGGAACUAUCAAGGUUCAAGAGCUAAAUACAAAUGAGUUGGGCGUGACAACUGGCAUCAACAAGGCUAUCAUCCAUGCUGAUCCCUUUAAAAUCGAUUUCUAUCAAAACGAUGUCCUCUCAGUGUCUGUCAAUGCCAAGGGAUUGAUGCACUUUGAACAUUUGAGGCGAAGAACUCCACCUCCAGCUGUAGCAGGUGAAAAUGAGGUCGAUGGUGAAGUCCCAGAAGUGCCCAAAACAAUUGAAGAUGAAGAUCCCGGAUCAUGGGAGGAGAAUUUCAAAUCUCAUCAUGACUCAAAGCCACGUGGCCCUGAAGCUAUUGCAUUGGAUUUCUCCUUCCCCGAGGCUGAUGUUCUCUUUGGAAUUCCCGAGCAUGCUGAUUCGUUUGUUUUGAAAUCCACUCAUGGAACAGAUCCCUAUAGGCUCUAUAAUUUAGAUGUUUUUGAAUAUGUGCUCGACAGUAAGAUGGCUUUGUAUGGAUCGGUUCCAGUCAUCUAUGGUCAUGGACCUCAACGUACUGCUGGUGUUUAUUGGCAAAAUGCAGCUGAAACCUGGGUUGAUAUUUUGACGACUGAAAAGAAUGUUGUCUCGUCUAUUGUGAACUUUGUUUCGGGAUCUCGUAAAUCAGAUCCACCAACAGCACAUUUCAUGUCGGAAAGUGGAAUUGUUGAUGCCUACAUUUUACUUGGACCCACUCCUCUGGAUGCUUUCAAACAAUACACCGACUUGACCGGCCCUGCCAACCUGCCACAGCUCUUCACUCUGGGUUACCAUCAGUGUCGGUGGAACUACAAUGACGACAAGGAUGUCCAAACUGUUUCGGCCAAAUUCGAUGAGUAUGACAUUCCCAUGGACACUAUGUGGUUGGACAUCGAGUACACUGAUGGCAAGAAAUACUUCACCUGGGACGCCUUUAAAUUUCCAAACCCUCUCGCCAUGAUCCAGAACCUUACAGAUCUAGGACGACAUUUGACUAUCAUUAUCGAUCCUCAUAUUAAGCGGGACAGUGGGUACUUCUUCCAUAACUACUGCACAGACAAUGGUUACUACACGAAGACCAUCGAUGGCAAGGACUACGAGGGUUGGUGUUGGCCAGGAUCGGCUAGCUAUCCGGAUUUCUUUAACCCAGUGGUGCGAGAGUACUACGCCGAUCAGUAUUUGUUGAGCAACUUUAAGACAACCACCUCGGAUGUUAUGUUCUGGAAUGACAUGAAUGAACCGUCAGUCUUCAAUGGCCCCGAAGUGACUAUGUUAAAGGACUUAGUCCAUUAUGGUAACUGGGAGCAUCGGGAUGUGCACAAUUUGUACGGACACAUGCAGUUGAUGGGAACGUUUGAGGGAAUGAUUAAGCGAGAUCCUACUCAGAGACCUUUUAUUCUUACUCGUGCUCAUUUUGCUGGAUCCCAGAGGUAUGCAGUCAUUUGGACUGGUGAUAAUCUGGCUGAUUGGGGUCAUUUGCAGCACUCGAUCAAGAUGUGUUUGAGUGAGGCUGUCGCUGGUUUUUCAUUCUGUGGAGCUGAUAUUGGAGGCUUCUUUGGAAAUCCCGAAACUGAUUUGCUCGAACGUUGGUACCAAACUGGAGCAUUCCUUCCAUUCUUCAGAGGUCAUGCUCACAUCGACACCAAGCGCCGCGAACCAUGGUUAUUCUCGGAGAAGACACGUUUGAUAAUUCGUGAUGCAAUUCGUAAACGUUAUAGCUAUCUGCCAUUUUGGUACACAAUGUUCUACGAACAUGAAAGGUACGGCCAUCCAGUAAUGAGGCCUCUGCUUGCCCAUUAUCCCAAGGAUAAGGAUGCCUUUUUGGUGGACUCGGAGUUCUUGUUGCACAAUCAUCUCUUGGUGCGUCCAGUUAUGGAGAAAGGAGUGAGCAAAGUUGAUGUUUAUUUCCCAGCCAAGGAUGAACAGAAGAACGGAGAUGUUUGGUUUGAUGUUGACAACUUCCAGAAACACGAUAAAGUUGGCCAUGAAACAAUUGCAGUAGAUGAUAAAAAGACUCCCGUAUUCCAACGUGGCGGUUCGAUUAUUCCUAAGAAGGAACGUAUUCGUCGUGCAGCUACACUCAUGAAAGAAGACCCAUACACUUUGGUGGUUUGCCUUGACAAAGCUGGCACAGCUAAGGGAACUUUGUACAUUGACGAUGAGAAGUCCUACGAAUACCGUAAUGGAAAAUACAUCUACACUCAUUUUGAAUUCAGUGACAACGCAUUGAAGAACAUCUUCGAAACAAAACCCAAUUACACUACAAAAUCAUGGCUAGAACGUGUUGUCAUUGCUGGUCUUGAAAAGACUCCCAAGUCAGCUACACUCUAUCAUGAUGGUAAAACAGAGGAAUUGGAUAUUUUGCCACACGAGAAGGCAAUUGCUGUUCGUAAGCCAGGCAUUAAUAUGGCUAAGAAGUUUGUGAUUAAACUUAAUUAUUAAAAAUGCAGCAAGCAGCAAUUAAGAAGUUUUUAAUUAAGUAUUAGAAAGAUUGAUAUCAUUUUUAAGCUUAGAAAGACACCACCUUUUUUUUUAAAAAAAUUAGUAAUUUCCGAUUUAGUAGACAUCAUGAAAAUAAGCUUAAAUAUAACCCAUAGACUUUUUAUUUUUUUUAAUAUGCAAUUUUAAACGGAGACACAAAAAAUAUAAAUUGCAAAUAAAUAAAAAUAUUUGUCGUAAU